AUGAAAAUAGAAUUUAUUGAGCCAGAGGACUUGCGAUAUCGAAUAGAAUCCAAUGAUCAAAAUUUUCAUAUCAUUGAUUUACGAGAUUACGACUAUAGUGUGGGAUAUAUACGAACUCCAACAGAGGAACAAUAUCAUCAUAUAACAACAGAGGAAUUUACAACAGAAGUGGUCAAACAACUCAUUUCCGAAAAUGUUUUAUCAAGUAAUUCCAGAGUAGAUUUUAUAUUUCAUUGUUUUUACUCGCAGCAACGAGGUCCCACAGCUGCCAUGAAAAUGUCGAACAUUUUGAAAAAUUUGGAUGAUUCCAACAGUGAUGUAGAGUCGAGAAUUGGAGUUAAAGUAUUGAGAGGUGGUUGGGGUUUGUGGAAUACUCGAUUUUAUAACGAUGAAAAAGUGAUUGUCAAGUUACCUGAUAGUGAAGAGGAAGAAUCCACCAGUGAUGAAGAUGAUGACGAGUAUUAA